CCCAUUGCACCACCGGGGCUCUUCAGAGCCUCCGAUUAUUUCAAGGAACCCAAAGUUGCACUUGGAACUGUCCAUCUCCUGCUUCUCUUGUGACAUUUGAGGCACCCCAAGGUCUCAUGUAGCUGCCAGAGCUUUGCCCUGCCCUCCAAGGGAUGUGGAUGGGCGCCUUUGCUGGCUGGAGGCCUUGUGUACCUGGCUGAGCCCCUCCUGGUCUGUGGCGGAAAGAGAGGAGGUCCCAGGCCGUAGCCAGGAGUCGCCCCGCCCUGUGCCGGUGGGCCGUCUGGGAAAAAGCUCUAGAAGGAUGCUGGCCGGAUGGAGAGAGCUGUCUACAGGGAUAAGUGCCAUACUUUGCUGCCUCCUCUUCUUCUGGCUCCUCUAUUCGCAUCCAACCAAGGAAGGAAAGGAACUGGAAGUAGGGACGUGUGAAAUCACAGCAUUGGACAGAGAUUUGAGCCAUCCCAAGAGGAUGAUCGCCAGGCAGACGGCACGGUGUUCCUGUAGGCGAGGCCAAGUCGCUGGGACAACAAAAGCAAAACCUGCCUGUGUGGAUGCUCAGAUCAUUGUCAACAGACAGUGGUGUGGGAUGGAGCCCUGCGACGACGGGGAACAAUGCACAUUGCUAAUAAAUCGUUCAGGUUGGAGCUGCACUAGACAACUGGGACGAAUAAAAACAGUCACGGUCUCUUGACAACAAUUGUGUGCUUCUCUGCAAGACCAGCUCCUCUCACUUCCUGUGCACUGGUGCCAGGGUUUGAAGAUCGUCAUCUCAUCAUGGAGGGAAAGGGACUGUUGACGACUACACUAUGGGCUCAACCCUAAGAAUCAGGACAUGCCCUGUCUGUUUUUGCUCUUGGGUCUGUACAUGGGACACCGAGGCUACCAGAACAGCAUAUUAGGAUUGUCUGUGGGAGGUUUUGUUUUCUCUCUUCCCAUUCCCCCCAAGAAGAAAUUGCACCUAUUUCUGGCUUAAUUUGUGGAGUUUUGAGCUGAAGUACAGCUUUCUGUAACCAUUUCCCCCUGUGGCAACAGAGCAUUUGCCUUGGUACCCAAGAUUACAGCAAGCCUCCUAAAUUUGAGGAGAAUGUAUGCCUCCUUGAGACAUAUGGUCAUGACAGACUGAGGCAGUUGCUAAGAGUCUGGGAUGUUCUCCAGUUGCUGUGAAGAAAAUGUUCUUUGUGCCUCUUCCUUUCACUCAUCAAAACCCAUCCAAAGGAGGUGAGAAGAUGAUAAAGGAACAUGAUGCCAUGGCCACUCUGGACCAUGGUCUGUUUUGCCUAUGGAGGAAAAGAGUUUCCAUGAAGACUUUGGAAGAUACUCUGUUCAUGCCACUCUCUGAUAAAAGUUCCCUGUGCAAUGGCAGGGUGAUUACCCUGGACCAAAAAUGUGUAUUUCAUGAUCUUCUACUUUCCAUUUGUGUUUACAGUGUUUACAGUGUUUUAUUUCUAGAAAUUUACUCAUUGCACCCACCUAAUCAACUGCUGAGAAUCAUUCACCAGUAAUCAGGCCAAGCUUGGAAAUUUGGGAAGCAUUGAUUCAAUAGGAUUACUUGCAUUUUUCUAUUAAUGCAUUCUGACUUUAGAAGGUAUUCUUGGGAUUGAGCGAGUAUGUCUGACUUUAGAAAAUAUAAGCUCCCAUCUGAUUUGUCCCUUAGGUCAAAUCCAUCAACUGGUACUAUGUGGGAAUUUACUGGAAAAUGUUUGCUUUUUCCCCAGGGUGUAACAUGAAGCAGGGGCUCUGAAAGAGAUAAAUUUUGAUUAUUGCGCCUUUGCCUGGAAAGGUUAUCCCUCAAUGUUAUAUUAUUUAGGAACUAAAACUGCAUAUGUGGAGCAAUUUCUCUCACAGUGGUUUGAGUGCUGUAAUACUAACCUGCAAGUGGAAAAGAAGGCACCAAUUUAGGCUGUGAGCUGGUGUUAAUUGCUAGUCUGGAAUGUGCCAUUCACAAUAAACCUGCUCAACCUUGGUUGCCACUGGAUUUACUGGCAACCAGAAUGAGAACUGGCACAACUCCUUUGUGGUAGGCAGAAGAAUGCAACAUACAGAAGAGACAGAUGUGGCUCUUUUUUAUCCAAAUCCUUGCCAUUCUAACCCUGAAGAUAACAUCCUGUUUAAUGCUGUUGGGCAAAAACUUCACCAGCACCCGUAAGGAGAUGGAGGCAACAGCAGUCAUGGAGGCAGACACAGUAUGACUAGUACCUUAACAUGGCUGCUCCAGUAGUCCAGGGUGUUAUGGUGGUCAUAGAGUGAUGGGAUGGAGAUGUAAGUCUUUCCACUGUGGAUGAAUGGGACUUGCAUACCUUGAAAAAGUAUCUGACUAAUACAACCUCUAUGAGAAUUCUAGCCAGCAAAUCCCAGUCACAAGUCCCGGAAAAAAAAACACAUAAUGCUCUAUUACAUAUUCAUCAUUGUCUGCUCUUAUUGGGUAGACUAAAUAGAGGAAGCCACAGCCCUGAGUGUGGAGGGGUCUUGGAGGUCUGUUAUUCACAGGGUCACUACAACCCUACAGCCAUUUCUAGAUUAGAAGGUGCUAGUUUCACAUCUUGCCUAUGCAUGGCAAGGCCAUGUCCUCCUCCGGACAACCCUUUAUAAAAACACCAUGGUCUCAUGCUACAAGUCUCACAAGGCCAAAAAGACUACAAGCUCCCAGUUUAUUCACCCACUGCUGUUUUUUCUUGAUGAGCUGUCCUGCUGAUUUCAAGUCUUCCCCAAAGUAAUAAUGAAACUCCCUUAACUUCUUCCAUUGUAUUUAUCUCACCUGCUUCAGAAGAGCCUGAUUUUUUACAAAGCCUUCCAAGACUCACUGGGUGCUAGUGACCAAUGUAUGAAAAAGCAGUAGAAAGUCCAGCCCUCUUUACCUGUAAAUAUCAAAGUUCUUGAGGCCAACUCCCCACUCAACAUCCUUUUAUUGUCUUAUUGUGAGUCGGACUCUUAUGUUUUGAGAGCCUUUUCCACUGUAAUCUCCAAACUUUGUGACAUCAAGAAAAAUGUUAGGAAUUAAACUCUAACUUUAUUACUCAAA